AUGGGGAGGGUGGCAUCCUCAUUCCUCUACUUUUUGACUACUCUGAUACCACUAAUGUCCCUGUUCGGCACGCAGUGUCCCGAAUCCCGUCUGCUCGAAGAGGGAAUAGGGCUGGUGGUCAAUGUGAGAACUGUGGGGGCGGUCAGAAUAGCCGAUGAUCAUCAGAAAUGGGGCCAUGCGAUGUAUUACGAGCUGUACGGAGAGGAACAACCGAGGCCGCAGCGACCAAGAAGACGGGGUCGGGGUGAUUACCGUGGGGCAGGGAACCCGCGAGAUUUCAACAACGGCAGGGAUGAGCGUCGACAGGAUGAAAACGACGGCAACUUUCAGCAUCACGGCGGUAGGAAGCAGGACCCUAACGGACGAGCUGACAGGCUCGGCGGACCGAGACGGCACGAAAACCAUGAGGUCAACCAUACCGAGAGAGAUGACGAGCCCGCGAAAAAUCGGCAGAGCUUCAAUGGUACUAACAGCAACGGAGGGAGCUUCCUCAGGAGCGUUCCCCGAAGCGAUGCCCCCAUCACUUUCUACUUGAAUGAGAGAAUCGUAUAUUUUUUCCAAAGCAUCCGUUCAUCGAUCGGAUGGAGGAAAUACGCACUACUCUAUGUGUUCGCGGUCGAGCAAGGACAAUUCUUCAUGACGGAUCACGACUCGUCGAUUGAAUGCUUCACGCUUGAAAUGGCACAAAACUCCGAACUUUGCAUUCUCGCGGACAAUUAUGUAAUCCAAAAAAAACAGUGUCUUCAUAGGACCAAAGUCAUCGUGGAUAUUGUGAUGAUGAGCAUCCAGGACGAUCAGUCGAAGGAAAAUGACGAUCGAAGUCGAGAGGUAUCAGACAACCGCAAACACUACAACGAGGAUCGACGUGACGAUGGGAACUCCCGUAGUGAUGACCGACGUGACGAUAUGCCAGAUGACCGACGGGGUCGACGACGCUCUGGUGAGGACAACGGACGUUCGGCCGAAGUUCCGCCGAUGUCACCAUUAGCGGACGAAAUUGAUAAAAUCAAUCAGGCAGAAGAAGAGAGCAUGGAACGAGAAGAUAGCAGGGAACGUCAGCUGUUAGAUAAUGUGGCACAUCCACUGGAAUAUGGUGCCGACGAAUCCUCCCAAUCGAGAGAAUCGGCCUCCGGGAAUCGUCGUGCAUCGAAUGAAGACCCUGCGCGGAACGAUUACGAUCACGAGGACAGCGCCCAUCCAUACGAGAAUCCCGACAACCGGAAUCGAGUUCCGCCUCGUGCCGAUGCGGGAUACGAUUCGCGAGACGAUCCUAAUCCGAGAGACGCAAGUGCAUCGCGAGAAGAUAGUCGGGAAAACAGCGACGCGGUGCGGGAGAAUAAGCACGCUCCGGGGGUGGAUCCACGCGUUCCGGAGAGAUACAAAUCAACGCUGGACCGGGAUGAGGGAGAUCCUCCUCGCAGAGAACAGAAUUCGAGGAACAGCAACCUCGGACACAAUUCGAAGGAGAUGAGGAGCGAUCAUCGUAACAAGGAUUACGCUGCGAGGGCGCGAGAUCUUGAGGGAAAAACAUCCCCGCCCGCGAACGAGAACAUCAAUUGGCAGAGAACUCCUCGCGGACGCGAUACGCUAUCGCGACCUCAAGCAGCUGAAGAACGAUAUCCAAGGAGAGAAAAUUCCGAUCGAACCUCAGCACAGCGUCCGUGGCACGUGGAGGAUCGGAGGCGGGAUCGUUCAUCGGAAGACCGCGACGGACGGAAUUCACCAAUCGGGGACGAGCCCGACAGACGAGGAUAUCCGACGCGGCCACCUCGUCAAUUCGUCUCUACGGUGACCAACAAACGUAAUCCUCGAGCCAUAAUUCCAGUUUACGAGUCAUUUCUGCCGCAUCAGAAAAGCUCAUUGCUGAGCUUGGGUCAGACACGUCAAGCGACCACCAAAUACGGAGAAGUUCCGACCGGAGCCCGAAAGAUGGAAAUCGACAACGCGACGACCUCCGCCCAGCAAAUCUCCCAGAACGACGGGAGCUUCGCUUCAGGCGCCGCGGCCGCCAACCUCGAAGCCCACGCGACCUCAGCCGAAAUCAUGGGUCCACGGGACGACCUCUGCAUCGAGUACGACGUCACGGCCAGCGGUUCGUCCUUGGAGGUGGCAGAUGACGAGCCGGUGAACUCGAUCGAUAUCACGAGUGAAUCGUUUUGGAGGAACUGGAAGCCCCCGCCAGACAUCGGGAACGACGCCGCGCAGGUCACAACUCCAUUAGCGCAGGAGCCGAUCGCCUGGAAAACUUACCAAACGCCGAAACGGGUGACCACCAAAGAGGUAGCCGAUGGUCAACAGAAGACGACUCUGCAAGGGAGCGCCUCAGUCGGCUGGUUCAAGCUGCAGAGCGACAAAACGGCAGAUCUGGGAUUCUUCAGAUCGGGUGCGGAGUCAACAAAAUCGAGUCUGCGAACGACCACGGUGCCCUCAUUUGUAGAAUGGCGUCAUCCCAGCAAGAAACCCGAUAAGCAAAUCAGUGACGGAGUCAAAGACGUAAACAAGAGCCACUCGGAAAACAAGGCCACAAUUCUGGCCUUGGUGCUCAAGCCCGAGGCGCAUUUGAUGAAGAAAGUUCUUGAAAUGAACAAAAAUACUAGUACGCCAUCGAGCUCAAAGAAGAACGAGUCGUUGUUGCGAUCCGGAUCACAUAAAACCACUGGAAGCCCCGCUCAAAGGGAACCGAUCGCCAAAAACAUUCCCGUGCUGAAAUCGACGCCGAUUCUUCAAAAGAGAAGCGGCGAUCUCCUCCCGGCUGCGAGUCAACGCCACGAACAGGGAGCGAGCGAACCGCAAGGGGAGAAAAAACACGAAGAAUUCGACAAGAAUUACGAUAAGACAAAACAAAGCAUCCUGCACGACUUCCGCGAUAUGAACAAGGAAAACCACUACAUGCCAAGCGAAUACGUUAUCAGUGUCAAGUACAAAAACUCGACGAAUAAAGAAGCCGAAAAACGUCUGAAAAGUCGCGGUUUCACCGAAACGCACCACAGACUCGUCGAGAGGUUCGAAAUCAUCCACCAGCAUGAGAACAGCGAGGAGCAAGUCGGGACCGAAGAGCCCACCGACCCUGAUCAGGCCGCUGUUGAGGAAUCCAAGGACAGUCGCGUUAAGGCCAUGAGCGAAGACAACAUCCGCCACAUGAGGAACGGGGCUGAUAUCAGCGUCAAUCAGGUUGAGAGGCCGCCGAUCGAAGUUCGGACCUUACUGCAUGGAUACGGGGGCGCCAAACCCUACGAAACCGUCUAUAGGGGCAACCACCCUGAAAGCGUUCACAAAAUACCGAGCGAAGGUUUCCCCAUCAACGACCGCUUCCAAAAGUGGGUUAGCCGGGAUAUCAAAGUUUGA